AUGGCAGAUUCAUCAUCGGUGGAAACAGAUCAGUAUGAGAGGGGAGUUCGAUAUCUCCAUCCCUCAGAUAAUUCGAGUUUUGUACUCGCUUCAUCGCCUCUGAAUGGCACUAACUACUUGACGUGGAGUAGAGCUAUCUAUGUAGCUCUUGGAUGCAAGACGAAGCUUGCAUUCAUCGAUGGAACGUUUCCACGACCGGCAUCGGGUUCUGCUUUGUUCGAACAGUUGAGAAGGGUCGACCUCAUGGUGACUUCGUGGAGUUGGAAUUCGAUUUCGAAAGAAAUCGUAGAAGGCUUUACGUAUGUAAACUCAUCUCGUGAGCUAUGGCUAGAGAUAGAAGCGAGAUAUGGACGCAGCACUGGUCCAACAAUCUAUCACUUGCAGCGAGAGAUCUCCUCGAUUUCGCAAGGAGACAUGACGUUAACAAAUUACAUGACGAAGCUAAAGAAAUUAUGGAAUGAACUUUUCUGUCUAGCACCCUCUCCUAAAUAUACAUGUGGAGGGUGCUCAUGUGGAAUAAACAAAGCGAUUGGAGAGAUGUAUACUGCAACACAACUUAUGCAAUUUCUCAUGGGACUCCAUGAAAGCUUUGAUAAAGAGAAAAGUCAAUUACUCAUGAUGGAUCCAUUGCCGGACUUGGAGAGACCAUUUUUCAUGAUAUUUGCGGUGGAACAACAACGCAAUGUGCAGACGCAUCUUGCUGAUAAUGUCAAUAACACAGCAUAUCAGAUAUACGGCACGCCGGAGUGGUAUAAAGCACUAAAUGAGAAGAAGAAACAGCAUGCUGCAACUUAUAAUGUUGCAAGGAACAUUGACUCUAAAGAGGUGAACAAAAUAGAUGCAUCCCCAGUUAAGACUAACUCACAAACAGAUAUGGUUGGAAUGAUGGCAGAAAUAAUGAAAAUCAUAAGGAAUAAAGACACACCAUCAGAUCCUAUUUCCAGUUUUGUAAACUACGCUCAUUGUGAUGAGGAAUUCGCGGGUAACACAUUUGUUUCUAAUGCAUUAGGGGUGAAUGAUUGGAUAGUUGAUUCCAGUGCUACGAAUCAUAUGUGCGCACACCUGUCAAAUUUUGAUUCUUAUUCUGCCCCUAUUCAUACACAUUUCAUUCAUCUUCCUGAUGGAUCAAAAAGGGCAGCUGCUUAUAUUGGGAUGGUGAAAUUGAUAGACGAAAUUAAGCUUGAGUCAGUGCUUUACAUCCCCAACUUUUCUGUCAAUCUUCUUUCUGACCAGGUGACUAAGAGGGUGCUGGCCAAAGGAAUUCUGGACAAGAGAUUGUACACUCUAAGGAUCUCUAUUUCUGCGCCUUUAACUGUUUUGAACAAUAAUUUUCCUACUUCUUGUACUACUUUCGGUGGAUGUAAUGAUGAAUUGUGGCAUGCCUCUAUGGCUGCUAUUAAGCACAUUCCCGAAUGUAAACUUUCGAGUAUUUCAUUGGAAUCGAAGUGUGGGAUUGGUCCUAAAGCAAAGCAAUCCAGAAUACCUUUUAAGUCUAAUGACUCAUGCAUUACUUCACUCUUUGAAUUGGUACACUUGGACGUUUGGGGUCCGUACAAGACUCCUACUUUGACAGGAUGCCAUUAUGUCUUGAUUGUUCUUGAUGACUACAAUCGAUCCUUGUGGACAUACCUUAUCAAACACAAGGAUCAAGUCGUCUCUAACUUACAGGCUUUUGCAGCGAUGGUUGAAGUGCAAUUUGGAGCCAAAGUCAAAGUGUUUCAUUCGGAUAAUGGAGAUGUCAUCUCCCAUGAAUUGAGCUUUCCUUUUGCUCAAGAACAAGCUGCAGAUGCUCUUCACUGUCCUUUUCCCACAGUCAAUGCUGGAAGUAAUGAUAAGGAUCCUGAGCUUCUCACUCUAGGCCUAGCUGCUUUGCCUACAUCUCCUAACACAACACCGGCGACAACUAGUGAAACUCAACAGGGUGGUACUUCUUCAGACACUCUGAUUCCUCUUCGCAGGUAUAAGACACGUCUCGUCGCCAAAGGCUUCAAUCAAAUCGAGGGGAUUGACUAUACGGAGAGCUUUUCGCCCAUGACGAAAGCGGUAAUUGUGCGUCUGUUUUUUACUUUGGCUGCAGCUUGUGGUUGGGCACUUGAACAAUUAGACGUUAAUAACGCCUUUCUUCACGGGUACUUAGAAGAGGAUAUUUACAUGAUACCUCUUGCGGGAUAUAAGGUGGAUUCAGGUGUUGUUUGUAAACUUGAACUGUCUUUGUAUGGCUUGAAGCAGGCCUCACACUAA